AUGCCACCCAUCCAAGUUCGGGGGUUGGUGGAGCACGUUCUCCACCUUCCACUGCAAUACCCAGGGCCUCACCAAGAAUCACAACGACGAGUGACUGAGGACCUUGCACCAGUAGAUCCAACGCGCCAGCUCCUGCUGAUCUGGGACGCGAUGUGUGACUUCCUGUCAGAGCAGGUGCAGCAGGGAAAGGGCGUCACAAUCAAAGACUUCGGGUCUUUCAUUUUUGAGAGGAGAAUCGAAGCCACACCGCCAAAGGUUCCUGAACUGGGGCACGCUCCGGGAGAGAAGGAAGCUGUUAUUCCGCGUUUCGUUGUAGCAGACACGCUUAUGAAGGAACUGACAAGACAAAACCCAAAGGAAGAUAUCCGAAGGCAGCACAUCUCAGGGUCGAUCUUCCAGACAAAGAGAAUGACUGCCUUGAACCCCGUGCCGAUAGCAGCGGGCUGUUACAUGAGACGAGACUUGGUGGCGUCCGCCCUCAGUUCGAUGUUCCGGGCAAUCAUUGAUCUUGUCAGAACAAACUACGAUUUGGAGCUAAACAUGAAGUUUGCGGUCAUCCGCAUCAGAGAUAGAGCUCUAACGUGUAGUUUCAACAAGAACAUUCAGUUAGCUGCCCAGGUCAGUCCCUGCUUAAGCGGCCCUUGA